CUCUGUUUCGUACGUAGAGCAAUCUGGUGGAGUGUUUUAGUAGCUAUAAAAAGGACUGCUUUCCUUGCAACACUCAUUGGCUGUUGCAUCGUUGUGGUGAAUGGGUGAUAUAACGCAUUGUUUCUUGUUUAGCAAAAUAAUCUGAGAGUACAAAAAAGGACAGAGUAACAACAUUGCAAUUCUAUUCGUUGCUCGGUGAGUGUCACAUUCGUUGUGUUCUCACAGUACCAGUUCGAGACGUAUAUAACCAAAAAUAUAAAGUCGCAACUUCUCGCGAAUACAUAUGUCCCAAGCAUAUACUGUGUGCUGUUGUGUAAUCGUGUUUAUCAGCUGUGGCGGCAAAGGUGACCACUUCACCCCGUCAGUGAUUCAAAUUUCUACAGCGUAUUGAGUACCCUGAUUAAAGACGUAACAAGGUAAGAAGACCAAGAGACAAGAUUGCAUUUUGCUGCUGAUAUUCUAAGGCGAACGUCAAUCUGCAUUAUACCCUGAUUUCGCUGGCAUGAAAGACUAUCGUGACAAAUGCGAAUCGGAUAAGAAGUUACAUAUUGAAGAAAGAGAAAAGGAGUAGAAGAAGAAGGCGUACAGAGAAAUACAUCGUCGGACAGUGUCAUUUUGAUAUCUAUCAUUGGAGGACCGAUCUUGCAGCUCUUAUCCCCGCAUCGCGGCGGUAUGAAAUAACAAGAGGCUUGAUUUGAUCGACAAAAUCGACGACUUUAGUAGAGGCGGCGACUGUCUGAUUUGUAGCGUCCGUACUCAGUCCUCAGUGUAGGCUAGUCGGGCGCACAGUUGUCGUUGUCUCGACAAUUUCCAAACGGUCGUAAAAUUCUUGGCAAAUCUUUUCCUUGACAACUGACGUUUCAUUAAUCGAGAUAUUCUCCAAACAUUUGUGUUAUUUCUACACAUUUAACCAGUGAGAAAAUACAAGUAUUUUCGUAAAGGUAUUCGACAGAGGUUAUCUUUAGAUAAACAAACCACGAAAGUAGAAAUUUCUUGUGAUUUUUGCUAAGUACGUUUCCAACGAACUUUGAUAAGGAUCAUAACAUCAAGGAGAAAACCUCAGAAUCAAGAAGAUUGAGAAAAGAUAAGAUUUUUUGACAAGUUCGGUGUUUUAUACACGACGCACAAAUAUGGCGACAGACAUGUGCAUGCAACAGAACUGUACCUAUUCUAUCGGAUUUUUGUAUGAAAUGAUCACAGAAGAGAUGUGGACGCCAUGGAAGGCGAUGGUGGAAUAUUUCGAUUACACACCAUGGCUGUUUGCUUUGCUUGGAAGUACCCUGAUUGGACUGACUGGUAUUUUCCCCCUAUUUAUCAUCCCCAUUGAAGAAGGUGCCAACCUAAGGACUGGAGACAGCGCUAAUACAUUGAAAAUAUUGCUGAGCUUCGCAGUCGGUGGCCUUCUGGGCGACGUCUUCCUGCAUCUGCUACCGGAAACAUGGACGAGCAGCUCUUUGAACAAAGCGGAUGAUAGACAUCCGUCGGUGACGUGCGGUCUAUGGGUACUAGGAGGCUUCUUGGUAUUCGUCAUAGUGGAGAAACUGUUUGCUUUCGAGCAAGAAGCUGAAAUCGAGGAUACGUCCAUAAAUAACGCAAAACUGUGCGAAAAAACUAACACUGAAGCUGAAAAGGAGAUGGAAAAUAACAACUGUAUUAAUUUGAUCGGAAGCAAUCCGAAGAACGGUUUUUCAAAGCGACUUCCCAAUGAAUUUUCAAAAGCCAUUAACGAGUUGCGGCCCUUUUUAGAAAAGAAAAACGGAUACUCCGAACUGCCGAAUAAUUUCAAAGAUAACCAUAAGAACGGCUUCGUUAGCAACGGCAUGAAGCCAGUAUUAAUGUGCAACGAGUUGUCGAAUACCCUAAAAGGUUUGCCGUUGAACGAGGUAAAAGAUUGUUUAAAGAAAUUUGCGAAGAACGCUAAUGGUUUUUCAACCGAGUUGUCGAAAGGUUAUUUAAAAAAAGACAAAGCGGACAAAGCUUCUAGCGAUGAACAGAUUGUUGCGAAACAAAAGUCCAAGCAUAUAACUGGCUAUCUUAACCUGAUAGCCAAUAUCAUAGAUAACUUUACUCAUGGAUUGGCUGUCGGCGGUUCUUUCCUCGUAUCCUUCCGUUUAGGUGCUCUCACCACGUUUGCUAUUCUCAUACACGAGAUUCCGCACGAGGUCGGAGAUUUCGCAAUUUUAUUACGCAGUGGAUUCAACAGAUGGGAUGCUGCGCGGGCGCAGCUUCUCACAGCUAGCGGUGGCAUUUUUGGAGCCAUGUCCGCAAUAAUUUUCUCUGGCGGUGAAGUAGGAGCGAAAACAAGUUGGAUAUUGCCCUUCACCGCGGGUGGCUUUCUUCAUAUCAGCAUGGUCACCAUUUUGCCCGAACUGCUUAAGGAAACUACUAGUCCUAAAGAAUCUUUGAAACAAAUAGUCGCGUUGCUCUUUGGUAUUACCAUUAUGGCAUUUUUAACGAUUCUUUUCGAUUAAUAGAGUUACUUCUUUUAGCAAUAGCAUUAGGUACUACUUGUCUAUAUAUAUCGACACGUGUCGAGUGUAAGUUUUUGUUACAUUAACGUUUCUUGAUACGUGUCGGGACAAGUAAUUCGAAUUUGCCAUAAGAAAUUCUACCGCGUAAUACUUGUUGCUCAAUGAUGGUGCAUCCAUGCAGGGAGACAGAGGAAACGAAGAACGAUGGUUAACGACUGACCAAAUUCAUGUAGAAAUUACUUUUGUACUGAUUUUAGUUUCAUAUAAAACUUCAUAGUCAUCUGUAUAUUUGAAAUAAGUUCACGUUUAGAUAAUUCGAUAAAUAAAAAUAACGUCGAUCUCCUUCUGCGGUAAUUAAUGUUCUUCUGAUAGCGAGAGACAAAGAAAACAGGGAUAUCUGUACAAGUUACUUUUAUAUUUUUCGAUCGUUUAUCGGGGAUCGUAUUAUCGGCAAUUCGGUAUUAUCCAUCUACAUUGUUGCAUUAAGGGAUACUCUGUUACAAACCUGGCAUAGUUUAUACAUAAAUAUACGUAUGUUCCUCCAUAAACAAUCGAAAACUUGUUGCAUGAAACGUCAUUCCGUUUCUAUGAUAUCGACUUAUUUCGCACUUAAACUUCGUUAUCUAGGCGUUACACUGUGAAACCAGUAUUGACGUGUGACUUUCACGUUGUAAAACAUCAUCGUGUACAUAAUAUCUAUGCUUCCUCGUUUACUGUUAAAAAAUAUUGCAACUCAAAAAAAGAUUGUAAAUUACUCAAAAAGAAAAAUAGUAUAUUUUGUGGGUACAUCCAUCGGUUUGUUCGAUCAUUCCGACAAAUGUAUAAUUUAAGUUCCUAAUGUAUCGAACUCUUAACUACCUUAUUAUGAAAGGAGGAAAUAACAUAUUCCUGAUGAUGAACAAUAUGCGAAAGAUAUUAUGUAAAAUCUGUAAAAUUGGUAUGUAGAUAUAGAGUCAUUGUAUUUAAUAAAAUUUGAAAGAUUAUGUAAACUCAAGUAUUUUAGAGAAGUUUACGAAUUAGAUGAGUUAUUGAACGGAGAUUCCAUCUAUUCUCCGUAGUCUCGUGUAUUAUCUAAAGGUGCUGGUUUUAUAAACCGAACAAAACGCAAUCCUUGUACUUAAAGGAUUAUUCUUUUACAACAAAAACCUUGAUACAUGAGCAUCGUUUUUAAGCACAUGUAAAUAGAAAUUCGGAAUUACGAAGCUAGUUUAAUCAGCGAUUUGGCAAGUAUAUUUUCUAUAAACUAUGACUUCACGAACAAACUGUUCGUAUGUAAUCACUAUUAUUUGUAAAUAAAGUAUUUUAUUCUAUGAUA